AUGAGCGCGUCAAGAGAUGGCUCCGAAGAUGUCGACCAAUUUCUGGCCAGGAUCGCGAGUCUAAGCAAGAAGACUGACAGCGAUGCUGAUCAGGCGCGGAGAUCGGAGGAGCAGAUGAUGCUGGCCAAAAGAGAGCGGCAAGCCCGACGAGCAGAGCGCGCACGGUCGAUAUCACCCGUCAAGACCGGCCCCGCGGCCCCGUUAUCCUUGCCCUCUACUCCUGGCGCCGACCGAAGGAUUGACCCUCCUGUCAGUCUAACUCCUCGAUCACGAGCUCAAACACUGAGACGGCCAGAUGAGAGCCCAAGUCGUACAGGCCGACCACAAUCGCCGCUAAGUGUUGAGCAAGACCGGUCGCUGCCACAGACCCCUCAAGACAAACCCGACUCCCCAUCCUUACAACCCGUCAACGCUACAGCUUUGUCGCGAAGCGGCACUCUGUCGUGGCAGCAGAGACCUACUUCACGUGGUAUCGGUUCAGUGCGCUCUCGCCCGCUUUCGGGUUCUCGUGGAUCUUCGAGAGGCCCGGCGGAAAACGCUCCCACGACUGCAGAGAAAGGCGGGCAAGAAUCUCCUUCGCGGAAAGAUAUUGCAGCGGCAUUGGGUUCGAAAGAUCCGGCAUGGUUCCGACAAACACAAGAUCGAGGCAUUGGGUCUGCAGCGUACCGAAAGUCCGAACAAGACGAUGUUGUGCUCUCGGCACGUUCUUCCCAGGGCAUGAGACUGCCAGGCAUGGCUUCGGGAACGACCGAGGACCGAUUCACACCAACCUUCACUCCGUCCGAGCCUGCCAAAGAGCACAGCGAAAGUGAGCUAUUUGGAAAGAGAGCAUCUGUACCGCAGUCUCCCCGCAAACAUCCAGCCGCGGCAUAUGUUUCCAACCCCGGUCCAGCCCCCUCGCUCUCUCCCACUGAACCAUCGUUGCCCCACGAGGAGCAUGUCCUGGAUCACGGCCCUUCAGACCAAGAGAACAGCUCAGGUCAGCCUUCGAGUACUUUUGGCUCGAUGGGCCGGCCCCCUUCUCCAACUAAAGGUCUUGGUGGCUUCGUUCAGAGCGCUAUGAUGCGGAGAAACGACAGUGUCAGCAAGAGAUGGAGCGUGCAGGCGCAUGCUGGCCUAAAGAGAGGGGACUCUGUUGCGAGCAACCGGCCAGUAUUCAAUCCUCCUACUCCCGGUGUCCCUUCUCUCGGCCAUGCGCGCACACUUUCACGGGACCCACGACUGGCUCGCGACGGAACCGCUUCGCCGCAGAGUUCCUCUCGGCCGUCCUCUAGCCAUGCUGAAGAAGCGUCGAUCCAACCCUCCAUCCAAAAAUCAAAGUCAGAGCCGCACGGCUUGGUCGCGCCGCCCUCCAACCGAGCUUCAGUGCCCUCGCAACCGGCCCCGGCAGACGGCCAGGAAGAUUCCAAAUUGAGUCGGAGUCCUUCCAAGACUAUGGACCCCCGGCGGUGGAGCCCUACGAAAGCGAGCUGGCUCGAGAGUGCCCUCUCCAAGCCCGAAUCCCCGCGUUUCUCGCCUACCAAAGAAGAGCCGCCCGCAUGGAAAAUCGGGCUGCAGCGAUCAAAGAGCCAGAAAGAUCUUGCAGACACCGAGAGUCAACCCACUUCAUUUGACCCUGUCAAUACAGGUGGUCUUCUGCGCUCACCAACUCUAGGCGCAACAACGAAGCCGCUUGAUCUUCAACCAAAGCCUUCUCCAGUACUGAGUCCCACGAAGGCCACGCUGGAUGCCGGCAAAUCCACGAUUUUGGAAGACAAGCCGCCUGUGGAAGCAGAAACUCUUCCAGAGACCGCCUCAAAGCUAUCCGUGAACCAGACCAGGAAGUUUGCGGACGAAAUUACGCCUAGUUCUGAUUCAGCUCUGCAACAUACUCAGAAAGCUAACGACGGUAAACCUGACCCUCGAGAAAGCAUGGACAAGAAACCACCUGCGCUGAAACCAAAACCUCAGACACCACCGAAGACUGACUUCCGUGCCAACCUCAAAAGCCGCCAGACUGGCUCGGCCACAGCCAACUCUGACGAGCCAGAGUUCAAGUCCGUGUUUGGCAAGCUAAAGAAGGCGGAGACCAAGAAUUAUGUGGCUCCUGACACAUUGAAGGACAACAUCACGCGCGGUAAAUCGGGUUUGAAUAUUACAGGCGGCCCGCAGCCGCGCAAGCGUGUGGACGAGUUCAAAGAGAGCAUUCUCGCGCAGAAGGAGGCGAUGAAAGCAGGAGCUGGGACGGCCCACAAACGGUCAGAUUCAAGGGAUGCUUCCCCCGAAAAACCAGCGCAAGAUCUACCAGAAGCUCUGAGAAGACGCAACACGUUACACAAGUCCAAGAUUUCCACUGAUAAGCCAAUCAUCAGUACUGCAGAGCUCCCGACCCAGCAGCCGCAACCGCCCAUCAAAUCUCGAAACCUGUCAUCAACUCCGAUUGAAAAAGAGAAAGUGUCUCCUAAGCCAGUUGACAAGCCUCUCGAGAAGUCGUUGACUAAAGGUUCUGAAACUGUUGUCGAGAAGUUCCCUGAGAGCCUCUCUGAACGAGCAUCAGCGGCUGCGACCCCUGUGCCCCAUUCGAAACCAUUGGAGAGCAAGCCUAUCGAGGUUCAUAAAGAACCGGAGACUACCCUAUCUCGCACAACUACAAAGACAUCAGAGAGCAGCUCCCAUGGCCUUGCGGCCGGUACCCAAUCACUAGUCACAGGCGGCGCUUUGCAACUGAAGAAAACCACUUCUGGUGGAUUGGCAGCUAGACUUAAUCCUGCGCUUGCAGGGCUCAUCGCACGCGGGAACAGUCCUAAGCCGUCUGGAGAAUCUGGCUCCGCUGGAGAAGCGUCCAGUGACAUGCCCAUGUUAGUUGGAAAUGCCAAUACCGGAAAGACUGAAGACCCAGCCAACUUAACUCACAUGACCAAAGGGCGCGCCAAAGGGCCAAAGCGUAGAGCCCCCAAAGCCGACCCGCCUGCCGAGCAAGAGGCGGCUGUUUCGAUGAACCCAACUACGCUGCUUGGGGAAGUCGAUAUCAAGAACGCAAAUCGUAGCCCCGUAAAGUCGAACUUUACGGAAAGUCGUACCGCCUUCGUUACGAGACCCCUAACGCCCAAGGUAGAAGCGGUCAGCCGUGAGCCAAAGCAGAAGCCUGUCGCAAAGCUUCGUGAUGCUCAACACCCAAAGACACCUCCCGCCGUGUCGUCGAAGUCUCCAGAAUUGCGGCGAAUAUCGAACCAGUCUCCUGUCCCAGAAGAUAAAGUUGAGUCGCUACCGGUUGUGGCCACCAAGUCCCCCGAGCUUCGUCGCAUUUCGAACAACUCGCCCGUACCUAUCGAGAAAGCUGAGCCAUUGCCACCCAAAACUUCACCGAAAAAGAACUUCAAUAUCGCCACGGACGGCACCGUGCGAGAAGCCACCCCGUCGAAGUCCACCGCUGCCAUGCCUCUGACUCCCAGUAGGAGUAAGUUGAACUCGCCUCGGCCCCAGCAACCUUCUGAUGAGGCUGCAGGCUCUCAACUUGGCGACAAGAAGCCGAAGCCCCCUGGCUUGGGCCUGCAAUUUGGCUUCCCAGCCACGGCGGCUGUCAAGACACAGGAAUUGACGCCACCUCCCGAAAGGGACCUCAAAACAUCCGCCCUCGUCGAUACACGUAAGCCCAACACGGCGGUCUCCCCAACCCGUCAGGCUCUUGAGGCCUUCUUCACUCCCGUACCUCGCUCCGAUGAGAAAGCCGACUUUGAUACCGAAACCAUCCUCAACGUGACCUCAGCUGCCCCCGAGCGCCCAAAAACUCUCAACAGUCAAGUCUUCGAAAUCACAGGCGAUGGUAAGAAAACUCUCCUCUCCCCAGGUCAGGAGCAUGUUUUCUUCGAAGAAAGCAUGUACCUCGUCGUCCACACUUUUGAAGCUUCAGCAAAGAAGGUCACGGAGGUCUAUAUCUGGGCCGGUGACGCUAUCUCUGCCUCCGCCCUCGAAGAUGCGCAGAUCUUCUGCCGCAAAGUUGCCCGGGAGAAUUCAGCCAAGCUUCUCGUAAUGAAGCAAGGCAAGGAGAGCGGUAACUUUUUCUCUGCGGUUGGCGGCAUCCUUGUCACUCGCAAGAACAAGAGCGCGGCAUUAUAUAUGUUGUGCGGGCGGCGGCAUGCUGGGCAUGUGGCUUUCGACGAAGUCGGGUAUUCUUCCGAAGCGUUGUGUUCAGGCUUCCCGUUUCUUAUCUCUGCCAAGUUUGGCAAGCUCUAUCUCUGGAAGGGCCAGGGCUCUGGAGCAGACGAGAUUGGCGCUGCACGUCUUAUCGGCAUGGAUCUCGGCUUGACAGGCGAGAUCGAAGAGGUGUCGGAAGGGAAGGAGCCUGCGGCAUUCUGGGAGAGCUUCUCUGCGCCCAACGCAAAGACACUGUUCAAGCCCAGCGAUAUUUGGGCGAUGAGGAGCAUGGACGAGAAGAAUGGCUUCCCCUGCAAGCUGUACCGACUGGAGUUCGAGCGCCCAAAGAGCAGUGGAGGUUUCUGGGGGUUGAGAGCAACGAGUCCGAGCAAGCCUUCCAAUAAAGCAACACUGACGGAGAUUCCCUCGUUCACGCAGGCGGAUCUGACAGACGAUGGAGUAUUUGUACUGGACGCGUGGGCUAGUAUCUAUGUGUAUGUCUCCCCUAUCCCAGGCUCUCAAGCAAAAGCUGCCGAGUUCUCGACGGCGCUGCACAUCGCGCAGGAGAUCGCUGUGCUGACGCCGUCAAUGCAAGACCGCGCGCUCCUGCCGAGCUGCGAGGUCGUGUUUGGGCCGCUUCCCAGAGAGGUACGGGCCGCCUUCAGAAAAUUCGUGCCUGAGAACGGCAUCGAUGGAGAGGCGAAGGUGUUUGAAGUGGCGGAGGUGCUGAGCGCUUUGGAUUGA